AUGUUAUGGAAAAGGCUCGCGCCACCCUUGUCAUCAUUUGCUCGACAGGGCCUAUCGAGACCUCUUAGGUCUCAUGGGCGCAUUCUUCAAUAUACAGGCAAGAGGUUCAAUUCGAACCCCCAGAACACUGGCCAAUAUACCCCUGAUCCUACAGAUCAAAAUGAAGAGGAUCAGGGACGAGGCCGUGAAAAGGAUUCGGAUCCUAAUCUGAAAUCUACAAUCCUCAAGAUGCUUGAAACUGCUGCAACUACCGCAGCAUCUAUCUUCAUCCUAGGUGUGGCUGGCUAUUCAUACCACCGGUACUACAAGUAUUUGGUUCUGGACAAAAUGGACAAUGCGUUCAACCCAGGUGAUCCUGCUCUCGAAAUGGCGGGUGUUGUAUCUGGAAAGCACCAGUAUAAUCAUCAGGAGCACUGGAUUCCUCGGGAUGAGCAACCACGGAUUGAUGACAUUGUUGCCGGGAAACGAGCAGGCCACUACUAUUUGAUGGUAGGCGAGAAAGGUACUGGAAAGACAUCGAUGCUCCUUGAAGGUAUGCGCAAGAUCAAUGGCACUGGUGUUGCUAUGUUUGAGGCGCAUGCUGAUCUCGAGAUCUUCCGUAUUCGCUUGGGAAAGGCACUUGAUUAUGAGUUCCACGAGGACUAUAUUGGUAGCUUAUUCAGUAUCCGUGGCCCACGAGACACCACCGCGUUACUCGACAUCGAACGGGCCUUCAACAAGAUGGAAAAGGUCGCAUUGGCCAGGAGGUCCUCGCACGGGCGACCAUUGGUUCUGAUCAUCAACAGCACUCAUUUGGUUCGCGAUGAUCACGAUGGAAAGGAUUUGCUGGAGAUGAUCCAGCAGCGGGCUGAACAGUGGGCUGCCAGUGGCCUAGUUACCACUAUCCUCAACAGUGACGAAUACUGGGUAUAUGAACGCUUGAAGCGUUACGCUACCCGAAUGGAGGUUAUCCCGGUCACCGAUUUGCCCAAGCAGAAAGCGAUGGAUGCCCUGAAGAGAUAUCGCAAACAGUUCUGUCACGAGGACCUGCCAUCCUCCGUCCUUGAACAUGUCUAUGACACGGUGGGUGGUCGGCUUUCUUUCUUGAACCGAGUAGCCAAAUCACCCAACAUAUUGCAAACCUGCGAUGAGAUCUGUCGGGCCGAGAAGACAUGGUUCCUCAACAAAUGUUGGAUUUUAGGCAUGGAGAUGGAUGACGAUGUCAUGGAUGAACAGAAGUAUUCUUCUGCCGCAAUGGUUCUGGCCAAAGCUCUGGUCGACCUUGAAAGUGAAAUGGAGCAGACCUACCACCCUGAGACAGGCCAUAUCUUGCCUGAGAUCCCGCUACACAAAGCACGAGAGAUUAUGACCCGUGCCGACUUCAUCCAGUCCUACGAUCAUGAGAACAUCUUCACCAUUGACUCGCGAGCUAUGGUGCGCGCCGACUCUGUUCCGAUGCAGCGAGCAUUCCGAGAGAUCUGCGCGAUCAAUGGGUUCGACGACCACCUUGAGGGAACCCUGCAGCGCAUUGGUGAUAUUGAAUCUCUUGGCCGUACUCGUGAGCUGACUAUCAAGGAUCUCUGGGAUCAAGGCAAGUACCGGGUCGUCGUGAAGGACAACCGGGGUAAUGAGAGCGGCACUGUUGAGUUUUCUGUGGCAGAGCGAAAGGGAGAAGACGAAUAG